AUGAAGAAUAAUUAUGUCAAAGAGAAUUUCUCAAAACCUCAGGACUAUCUGGAUGGGACACAGGAUGAAUUAAAAAGCAAAAUUAAAAUUCUAAUGAAUAAAUUACAAAUCACAAAGAAAGAAAAAGAGAUUUUGACAAAAGAAAAUCAAAACCUGCAACUAGAAAUACUACAGAUGCAAUCAAAUCUUAGAUGCAUGGUUUCCGGAUUUGCAAAUACAAGCAUUACAUUUCCGAUGGCAAAUGAAUUAAUCAACUCAAUUGCAGAAUUUUACAAAUGUGAAUGUUUUGAUAUUUUUUUUGAUGUUCUUACUCAAGAAUUAAACAUGCAAGGAAUUGUCUAUUUUUUCUAAACUGCCAUGUUGAGAAUAGAUAAAAUAAUUAAUGAUUAUUUUUCACCCUCAUUCAAAAAUAUAAUUGAUGUUAGUUGUUUAACUACUAUAGACGGACCAAUCCUCAAUGUCUUGAGAAAGUCAUUUCAAAGUAAUUACAAAUAGAUUUAUGAAAAAUGUAUGCUUAAUUUAAGUAGUGUAAAAUAAGAAUUGCAAAAAACUCUAAAGCUAAAAAAUGGGGAUAUGAUAGAACAAUUUUUAAAGAAAUUGUCAGAAAUUAUGUUUAACUGUUUCAUCAGUGAUCCCUCUCUAUAAUUCGAUAUUUAAUCAAUUGGACAAAGACACUAAUUUAAUUAAACAAAAAAUGAUCCAAUUGAUGGAUUUCUAAAAAAUAAAGAGGAAUGCAUUAUCUUAAUGCCAGGAGUAUAUAAACAUUAGGAAUAAAUGGCAAAGUCAUUAGUACUAUCAUAUUCCUAUUAAUUAGAAAAUAACUGA